GGGGGCGCCUGGUGGAUGCGGGGCAGGAUUCUGUGCGGUCGCAGGCAGGUGUGGGCAGGCGCAGCCCGCAGGAGAGCCUCGCUGCCCGGGCGGGGCGGGCGGGGCGGGCGGGCGCGGCCUACAGCCGCCCGCGUCGUGCAGCGCGGCGCCCGCGCCUGGAAACAGGAGACUGCUGGGCCGGAAGCCCCGCCCGCGCGCGCGCCGCCUGUCCCCGCCCGGUGGAGCGGCUGCUGGCGCGGCGCGGCGCGGCUCGGCACGGCGGCGCCCGGGCGCAGGCGAGCGGGCGGAGCAGCGGACGGCGCCCAGGCCGCCCCACGCGCCGGGCUCGCGGCGGAGCGCGCCGAACUCGUCGGGGCCCGCGGCCGCCCGCGCCUUUCAAUGGGCAGCUCGCACUUGCUCAACAAGGGCCUGCCGCUCGGCGUCCGACCCCCGAUCAUGAACGGGCCCAUGCACCCCCGGCCCCUGGUGGCCCUGCUCGAUGGCCGGGACUGCACGGUGGAGAUGCCUAUCCUGAAGGACGUGGCCACGGUGGCCUUCUGUGAUGCACAGUCCACGCAGGAGAUCCACGAGAAGGUGCUGAACGAGGCAGUGGGAGCACUGAUGUACCACACCAUCGCGCUGACCCGGGAGGAUCUGGAGAAGUUCAAGGCUCUGCGUGUCAUUGUCAGGAUUGGCAGCGGCUACGACAACAUCGACAUCAAGUCAGCUGGGGAUCUAGGCAUCGCUGUCUGCAAUGUGCCGGCGGCGUCUGUCGAGGAGACGGCCGACUCGACCAUGUGCCACAUCCUGAACCUGUAUCGCAGGACCACGUGGCUGCACCAGGCACUGCGGGAGGGCACGCGGGUCCAGAGCGUGGAGCAGAUCCGGGAAGUGGCUUCUGGAGCUGCCAGGAUCCGCGGGGAGACCUUGGGCAUCAUUGGACUGGGCCGUGUGGGGCAAGCGGUGGCGCUCCGGGCCAAGGCCUUCGGCUUCAACGUGCUCUUCUAUGACCCUUAUCUGUCGGACGGCACCGAGCGGGCACUGGGGCUGCAGCGGGUGAGCACCUUGCAGGACCUGCUUUUCCACAGUGACUGUGUGACCCUGCACUGCGGCCUCAAUGAGCACAACCACCACCUCAUCAACGACUUCACCGUGAAGCAGAUGCGACAAGGCGCCUUCCUGGUGAACACGGCCCGGGGUGGCCUGGUGGACGAGAAGGCCCUGGCCCAAGCCCUGAAGGAGGGGCGGAUCCGGGGUGCCGCCCUAGACGUGCACGAGUCCGAGCCCUUCAGCUUCAGCCAGGGGCCCCUAAAGGACGCGCCCAACCUGAUCUGCACCCCCCACGCAGCCUGGUACAGCGAGCAGGCAUCCAUCGAGAUGCGAGAGGAGGCCGCCCGGGAAAUCCGGAGAGCCAUCACAGGCCGCAUCCCUGAUAGCCUGAAAAACUGUGUCAACAAGGACCACCUGACUGCUGCCACCCACUGGGCCAGCAUGGAUCCUGCCGUGGUGCACCCUGAGCUCAACGGUGCCGCUUACAGCAGGUACCCACCAGGUGUGGUGGGCGUGGCCCCCAGCGGCAUCCCGACAGCAGUGGAAGGCAUUGUCCCCAGCGCCAUGUCCCUGUCCCACGGCCUGCCCCCCGUGUCCCACCCGCCCCACGCCCCUUCUCCUGGCCAGACCGUCAAGCCCGAGGCAGAUAGAGACCACGCAAGCGACCAGUUGUAGCCCGGGCGGAGCGCGGGCCGGGCGGUGCCCUCAGACAGGCGUGUGCAGAGGCGGUGCCUGCGGUGGCCGCGGCGCUCCAGAGACUGUCCAAGCGCCCGGCGGGCAGAGGUGGCGCCGGCCUCCCCGCGUCUGCCGUAGUCGUCCUGUCCCAAGGGCCAGCCGCUGUCCUGUGUCCUUUGCGUCCUCGUUAAGCAGAAGAAGUUAGUAGUUAACUCUAUCAUGGAUGUUCUUGUCUGUGUACAGUCUUUAGAACAUUACAAAGGAUUUGUUUGCGUAGCUGUCGACAGAGAGAAAGCUGAGGGAGCGUUCAGCAGGUCGGUCUCAGACUGUGUCCCUUGUGUGUUGGAACGCGCCCUGAAACGAGGCAGUUGGCAAACUUCUCAGGACAACGAAUCCUUCCCGUUUUUCUUUCUACGCCACACAGUGCAUUGUUUUUUCUACCUGCUUGUCUUAUUUUUAGAAUAAUUUAGAAAAACAAAACAAAGGCUGUUUUUCCUAAUUUUGGCAUGAAUCCCCUUGUUCCAAACGAAGACGGCAUCGAGCGGCUGCCAGAGAUGAGGCUGCGCCUGGGCCACGGCGCGCUCUGGCCAUUGGCGUCUGUCCUGGGGACGUGGGGCCCAGCGUCCGGCCUGUGCGGGUGCCGUCCUGCUGAUGUGGUAGGCUAGCAAUAUUUGGGUUAAAAUCAUGUUUGUGACUGUAACCAUUUGUAUGAAUUAUUUUAAAGAAAUAAAAAUCCCAGAAAGA